AUGACAAGUUCAGGUUGUAGUAACCAAUCAGGACCAGAUCAGGAACCAGAUAUACAUAUCAGGCAGAACAAGGACAUCAUCAGGAAGAAGCUCAGGGUCAAGAACCAGGAAGUCACACAGAGGUGCAGGUAUCUUGGACAGGAUAACAGAGCUGGAUACAUGCAAAGCAUCAUGCAGGUACUUGAAGCGGGGUACAUAGCAAGGCAAGAUACAGGGGACAACAGGAACCAAAUACAGCAAAGACCAGGCAUGAUGCAGGAGCUGAAACACAGUAGGAAAACUUGCAUUGCUGAGGCAACACAAGAAAGGGUACACAGCAAGAUAGAUGAUGUGUGUUCUACUUACCUGACCAGGGAUACACCAUCUCAGUCAUCUAAUGUGCUAGAAGAUCUUUGCUUUAUGGUUCUGGAACUUCUACAGAAAGCCCAGGACCCAAAUGAAGAUACAGAAUGGAAUGACAUAUUAAGAGAUUUUGGGAUCCUGCCUCCAAAAGAAGAGGUAAAGGAUGAAAUUGAAGAAAUGGUUUUACGUUUACAGAAAGAAGCAGAAGUGAAGCCAUAUGAAAAAAUGACUAUGAAACAACUGAAAGAAGCUGAAGAUGUAUUUGAUGAGGAAGAUAUGAAAGCUGUUGAAAUGUAUCGGAAACAACGUUUAGAAGAAUUAAAAUCUCUACAAAAAAGACAAAGAUAUGGAGAACUCAGAGAAAUCUCUGGUGAACAGUAUGUAAAGGAAGUUACAAAUGCACAAAAAGAUGUGUCAGUUGUUAUUCAUCUGUACAGAUCAAGCAUUCCAAUGUGUUUAUUAAUUAAUAGACACCUCAGCUUACUGGCCACAAAGUUUCCUGAAACAAAGUUUGUGAAAGCCAUUGCUGAUAGCUGCAUUGAAAAUUACCAUGACAAUUGUUUACCUACUUUAUUUGUGUAUGAAAAUGGAGAGAUAAAAGGCAAGUUCAUUGGAAUUACAGAAUGUGGAGGCGUACAGCUUACAGUAGAAGAACUUGAAUGGAAGUUGGCAGAUGUCGGUGCUCUAAAAACUGAUUUAGAAGAAAAUCCCAAGAAAAAUGUUGUGGAUUUGAUGACAUCUUCACUUAGAAAUGUCUCCAUAAAUGAGAAAUAG